UCUAACGGUUGUUGGUGGAAAAAGCGCUGAAUGGAUCGUAAAUGGUAUUCGAAUCAGGGAACGUCUCAAAGAAUACAAGUUGAAGAAGAAUCUGCCAAAAACGAGUCCAGAAUAUUAUGAUGUUAUAUUUUUCAAUUAUAAUAAAGAUGGGUUUUUAAAGACAUUGGAUGAAAAAGAAAUUGAAAAUACUGUAGAAAAUGAAAUCAAAUUGCUGUUAGAUCAUGUCAUUGAUCGUGAUAUUAAGAAAACAAAGGAAAAACUCAAACAAGUAAAGGAAGAAGACACCGCUUUAUUUGAAAAUAAAUUCGCGUUGAAUUUCGUGAGACAUAUGGUGAGACUAAUGGAAGAUAUCAAUUUAUUACUCGACCCAAUGUCGGAAGGCACAUAUACUAAUAGUGUCCUAGUGCCCAUUUUCGAUGAAUUUUUUGUCAAAAAUAAAAGACAAUGGCGUGCAUCUUACGGCGAAACUUGUCUCAAAGCGAGCGCGAAAGACAAAAAUUCACAAAAUGAAGAUUCUGAACGCCG